AUGAUCAUUGAGACUGCCGCAGAAUACGCCAUUCCCGGCCAGUUUCUUCUCUCAACUGAUUGUUUCCUCUUAGUCUAUGCUGUCAAUGCCGGUGUUGCAACAGUUUCACUUUAUACUUACCCGGCGCAAUUACACAAAAGAGUGGUGCUAAUGGCUUGUCCGAGUCUUACGGACAUUGAAGCUUCCUGGGAUCCUGAGACCAAGCAAAUAGACAUUUUAGUCCAGACAACUCGAGAACGAGCCUAUUUUGUUUGCGGCAAUCUUAUCUGUCCGCACAAGGACCACUAUCUAGAAGGAAGUGUCUGGGUCAAAAACUGCUCCGAAACAAAAGCACCGCGACCUUGUAUCUACAGCCACGGCCAAAAGAUAUGCACUUUGCGCGAUCCGGUCGAUGCCUUUUACUACGACUCACUAGACAUGGCUCUGUAUACCUUUGCUAAUGAGCGAGUGACCAAGUACACCUUGUUUAGUAUUGAAAAGGUGCAGCCAAGAGGGGUGUGUUUACUCUCCCCUGAAAGAAUGCGUGUCUUUUUGCCGGGUAAACAGUACUCCAUGCCAAUUCAGUAUUCAUUGGCCACAAUUGCUUCAAUUCGGGACAACAAUGGAGCGAUUGAUGCUUUGCUGUCCUGCAAUGACUUAGUUAUGCAUGGCAACCAGUUUAAGAAGUACCCAUCGGGUUUCUCACCGGACAAGGCCUGGAACACUCCGACCUUGAUCUACUUACACUCCUCAUACACGCGACAGCUUGUGGUGCUUAAUCGCGGUCUUGAAAUUGAGUAUGAACUGGUGGUUGAGAACGUGUUUGUGACCGAAAAGUAUGUGUUUAUCUCUAAGAAGGACAAGUGUGUGGUUCAUUACACAGCUGACUUUAAGUACGCUUUCUAUUUAACUGGUCUUGAGAUAAGCGAUGAGGUGAUUGAUAUCGAGGCUAAAGAGAAUGUGCUGAGUGUGCUGAUGCAAAAACGACUGGCCAAGAAGGGGACUCCCCUUUUUUCUCUCUUCUUAUCAGAGUUCGGCCUCCCUGAGAAGAAGAAGCGGCUACGCAUUCCGGUUUUGGUCGAAACUGCUUCUUUAUAUGGCACAACAGUCUACACUCUAUCUGAGGAGAAGAAGUCUUCGCUAUUUAUUACAACAGGACUCCGCGAUGUGUCUACUGCCCGGACGCCCAAAGAGAGUUUGACCCUUGGCUUGGCUGGUAGUUUUAUUCUAGUUCUAUUCCGAGAAACACUUCUGUCCUUUCCCGUCGCUGCGGUUGAGUCGCCCUUUUUCUGGACAAAUAAGACUGCUCUCCAGGGUGCUCCUAUUCGGGUCUAUGCAACAGCGGGCUCAAUUGAGUUGUUGUCUGAUAAGCUUACUACAGUUUGUUUCUUUCCUGUUCUGAUUAUGCUGCAUUGUAAAGGACUUAUACCUGGUGAUCUCUUAUUUGACCUCUAUGCAACCCAGCCGGAGUUUGUUACUAGUCUAGAGAAGACACUUUUCCAUUUCCUGAAUACGGACGAUAUUGAUGGCGCCCUAGAUCUUCUGGACAGUAUCAAGUCGCACUCAAGCGGUAUCUUUGAAGAGACAGUUUCGGCAAUGAUUCGACUACUUGAUGAGACCAACUUAGAAAAACUCUAUGCUAUCUUUAGUGCCGAGGACGCCAAGGCGUUUAAAGACCCGCUAGCACUUAGCCGGGUUCUUCUUCAUGACUCGUCCCUUUUCCCUAAGUUUCUUGAUGCAUCUAUCCAGCAGAAGAAGGAAUCUCGAGUAAUUGAGGUCAUUUCAUUCUUCGCCAAGUUAUCACUACCUACUUUCCAUGAAGAGAUGCUAUCCCUUCUCUUACAACGCAACAUGUUCUAUGCCGCCGGGUUCCUACUAUCCAACACCCAAGACACUCUGCAAGCAAGCAUCGAUUGGCCCGCCAGCCCCGAUACUAGCAACCUGGCCAAGCCAACCCUGACUACCACUAACAAUACUACCACUACUAAUGACAAUACUGCCACCACCACUACUAGCAACAAUACUACUACCACUAGCACUAACAAUACUGCCACCACCCCCACUACUAACGACAAUACUAUCACCACUACUACUAACAAUACUACUACCAACGACAAUACUACCACUAACAAUACUAACAAUACCAACUUGAUGUCUAGUGAGUUAGCUUUGCGUGGCACUUUAUUACAACGCUUUAUUGAAGUAGAACGGGCCAUUACUCGCAUCAAGGCAUCCUCGCAAGUGGCAGAAGAGCUCGAGUAUUUGCUAUUCACCGAUAAGGACUCUCUUUUCGUUGCCAUGCUCUGUGAGCGACUAAACCUACUCGAUGGCUCCGGCGAAUAA